AUGAAGCAAGAAGAGCUGAAGCUCGAAACUCGCGUCCUCGACGAGAAAAAGCUGCAAAACGAGGGCACCAUGGUGGUGCUCACGUCGUUUAACAGUGAGGAAGAGCGAAAAUCGCUGGAGAGCGAGAUCGUCGACAUGGUCAAGGGGCGGAAUAUGAUCGUCAACAAUUUGGGGAAUGUGGAUAGUUUUGCGAAGAUCGAUCGGCUCAACUGCUUCAUCAUCAACAUCCAGCCAGUGGACACCGCCGGCUUGCUGCCGAAUUUGCCGCUUCAGAAGAGCGCCGACUCGGAAAUCGUCCACUUCCACCACCACGCCUGCGUAGCGCUGGGCCCGGAUGUACUCGCCGCGGUCCACGGCGCCACCCUGGACAUCUACGGGUUGGUGUCGAUGACGCUUUCCGGGAUCCCGAUGAAGGAGGAGCACACACAAACUGCAAGCUCGGUCACCUACGACGUCGAACUGUUCCACCCGAAGGAGGCGCUCGAAACGUUGAACAAGCAUAAAUUACUUGAGCCUGGCAGCCACCUCGUCGUCACCAAGGGCGCCUACCAGACCGUGAAGCUCGCCUGGGCCACUCCGAUGCCGAAAGUCAAGUGGAAUAUGUUCCCCCGGAUCUCGACGGCCGUCCGCCUUUCCCCGGCCACGUUCAACAGCCGCCAAUCCGUGUGUCUGACCUCGUUCCUGAUGGCCGGCAAGAAUGUGCUGCUCGAGAUCUCACGGCAAGGAGAAGCCGAAAAGUUGCCGGUAAACGUCAACCAGAAGCUGAUCUCACACGCGCUGAUGGCGCACUGCGGCCGGCUGUACCUGCAUUCCGUACACAUCGGGCUUGAUCCCGUUCUCGACGACAAAGAGCUGAUCGAAUCUGCCGCCAUAGACCCGUCGGACGGGCUUCGUGUCGACGACUUCAAGACGUUGAUGAAGGAAUGCUCGCUGAGCUUGGAGAAUCCGCCGUCUUUGGACAGUGCACCGCUUCCCCUCUCCGAAACCCUCAUCCAGCCGCGCACCCAACUCCGCCGCCUGACCCGCUUCUGGCCGGUGCACAAGGACAAGACGUUGCUGUACAAUAUUUCGGCGCAACACGCCAAAUUCCUCGAGAUCAUGUCCAAGCCAGAGCUGAACACGGAGGACGGCGCCCAGGCGAGAGCGUCGAUUCUCGAAAUUGUCGCGAACAAGGACAAAGCCGGCCUCCUCCUCGCCGCCUCGAAGGCGCAGAACAUCAAAAGCAUCGCCAAGAACCCGGGCAGCAAGGCCGAGCAGUACAGCGUCUUCUGCCAGGAGCUGGCGCUGCACCUGGGCAAUUAUGUAAACAACUCGGAGCGUCAUUUGGAGCUCUUCACGCUCUUCGUCCAGUUAACCGGGGUGGAACGUACUCUCGCCGUCCCCACCGACGACAUCAACCUCAACGGAAAACGAUCAUGCCUAACUUCCAUCGCCGAAGCGGUGAAAGUCUUUGGCGGAGGCGGCAGCGGCCAUUCCACGCGCCCUUCAUCUCCCAGCAACUCACCGCAACCGAAGCGUACCCGGAAGGACGCCGGAAAGUACUCGUGGAAGCCGGGAGAGACGAUCAACCUCUACUCGUGGCUGUGCGAGCAGGAGCAGGCGAAGCGCUGGACCAACUGGCAGGACUUUGAGGGGCGCAAGGAGGCUGGUGACCAACCGGCUCGCCUCUACCCCGGCCUCGACCUCACGUCGGCCCCGAAGCGCGGCGAGCAGCAG